AUGCAGACCCUUAAUGAGGCCUCCCACACAUGCUCUCAAUGCUGUUCCAGCUGCACAGACCCAUUUUUCAACUCUUCAACAUCAUCACACAACACAACACCACCAAAAUUCAGGAACAGUUCUGCUGAGUGGCGCCACAGCUUUGCAGUCACAACAAAAUCAUCUAUAUUCCCAAGCACUCAAUUCACCAACCAUGAGUCUCUUCCAUCAUUUCAUGAAUCAUUCAAUGAGUUCACCAAAGUGUACCCUCAGUAUUCUGAGACUGAACAAGUUGACCAUGUUAGAGCCAAGGACUAUUUCCACCUGUCACUCUCCAACCAAACUUGCCUUGAUUACAUUGGCAUUGGCCUCUUCUCUUACUCUCAGCUUCAACACCAUGACACAUCAAAAGAUCAGGUACCCUCCUCUUCAAUUCCUCAAAUACCCCAGCCACAACCUAAUUAUUACUCAGGUAUUCCAUUCUUUACCAUAUCCAGUAAGACUGGUAGCUUAAAGACUUUGUUGCUUCAUGGGGGACAAGACUCAGAAUUUGAGGCUGCAAUGAGAAAGAGAAUCAUGAAUUUCCUUAACAUAUCAGAAAAUGAUUAUUUUAUGGUUUUCACAGCAAACAGAACCUCAGCCUUCAAACUUGUGGCAGAUUCAUACCAAUUCCAAACCAGUAGGAGGCUUAUGACAGUUUAUGACUAUGAGAGCGAGGCGGCCGAAGCAAUUAUUAGUUCCUCAGAGAAGAGAGGAGCAAGGGCCAUGUCAGCAGAGUUCUCAUGGCCAAGGCUGAGGAUUCAGACCAAAAAGUUGAGGAAGAUGAUUGAGAGUAGGAGAAAGAAGAAGAAAAGAAAAGGACUUUUUGUUUUCCCACUUAAUUCAAGAGUGACAGGAGCAAGGUACCCUUAUCUGUGGAUGAGCAUAGCACAGGAGAAUGGAUGGCAUGUAUUGGUUGAUGCAUGUGCAUUGGGGCCAAAAGACAUGGACUGCUUUGGCCUCUCUCUCUUUCAACCAGACUUUCUUAUUUGCUCUUUCUACAAGGUCUUUGGGGAAAACCCUUCUGGAUUUGGAUGCCUUUUCAUCAAGAAAUCUGCCAUAUCCAGCUUGGAAUCUUCCCCUUCAGCAGGAAUUGUCAACCUUGUACCAGAAAAGCAGCCUCAUCCAUCAUGGGAUGAUUCUUAUGGCAUCGACUUAGAACCUAAAUACAAACCAACACCAACAUGCCCAAAUGAAGAGAAACCAUUUCCUCCGUCAUCUUUCUCAGGUCCAUUGCAAACUAAACAAUCUGAAAUAGUUGAAGAGGGAGAACCAACUGACUCAAAACUAAAAGCUCCUCACUGUUCUGAAAUUGAGGAGAUACAAGAGCCAGUUAAGACCCUCAAGAAAAGUAACGUCCAAGAAAGUGGCAUCCAAUGCAGGUGCUUAGACCAAGUGGAUUCUUUGGGAUUGGUUCUCAUCACUAACCGGUCAAGGUACCUCAUAAACUGGCUGGUAAGCUCUAUGUUGAAGCUUAUGCAUCCUAACACACAAGAGGUUCCUCUGGUCAAGAUUUACGGUCCAAAGGUGAAAUUUGAUAGAGGGCCUGCUUUGGCCUUCAAUAUAUUUGAUUGGAAAGGUGAAAGGGUUGAACCUGCGCUUGUCCAGAAACUGGCUGAUAGAAGCAACAUCUCUAUCAGCUAUGCGUUCCUGCAUCAUAUUUGGUUUGCAGAUAAGUAUACAGUAGAGAAGGGAAAAGUCCUACAAACCAAAGUGGUUGGAGGCCAAGGAGUGGUGACAACAACUAACAAAAACAAAGAUAGAGUUGGAAUCACGGUGAUUACUGCUGCAUUAGGCUUCCUGGCUAAUUUUGAAGAUGUCUAUAAGCUUUGGGCUUUUGUUGCUAGAUUCCUUGAUGCUGAUUUUGUGGAGAAAGAGAGGUGGAGAUAUAUUGCCAUCAAUCAGAAAACAGUUGAAGUUUAG